AUGGUCGCUCAAACACUUGAUUUUUAUUCUAUUUUGGGAGUUAAAAAAAAUGCAAAUGAUACGGAAAUUAAAAAAGCAUUUUAUAAAAAAGCCAGAGAAUGGCAUCCAGAUAAAAAUUCACAACCGUGUGCUGAAGAAAAAUUUAAAGAAGUUAAUAAAGCUUAUGAAACAUUGAGUGAUGCUGAUAAAAGACGAACAUAUGAUUUACAACAAUCAGAUGUUACAACAACAAAACCAUUUACAACUACGACAACAAAAUCUGCUUCAACACAACAAAAAAAAUCGACAAAUGAUGAUCAUCAUAAAACAUUUACAUCAUCUUUUCAUCAUCCGGGUCAACCACAUUUUACAUUUACAACAAAUGGAAAUAAUAAUAAUAAUAAUAAUGCACGAUUUCGUUUUCAUCGAAUGCCCGGUGACAAUACAUUUUCGAGAUAUUCAAGAUUUCCCUAUUCAUUUUUUGAUUCAUUUCGAACAUCGAUGAAUGAUGAUAUUCUAUUUGAUUUUUCGGAUGAACAUGAUUCAGAUGAUGAUGAUGGAAGUGAAAAUGAUCGACAUAAUUCCACAAUGAAUUCGGAUGAAUUUGAUUUUAAUAUAAAAACUGAUCGAAGAAAAAUGCCACAUCAUCAACCAAGAUAUACAAAUCGAACUCGACCCAAAUGGAAUAAUAAUUGGAGAAAAAAUAAAAAAUUUGGCCUACAUGCAUGUUUCGGGUUCGAUUUUAGCAUGAAAAAAUUACCCAUAGAAAUUGAUUUAAUCAAUUAA